AUGAAACAUGUGCACUGCAGGUCACACCCCUCUGUAAUGCGUAGCCUCGGCCACGAAUAUAAUACUGCUGAUAUGCCUAUCUGGAUGAACUCCGUGGAGUGUAGGGGCCUGGAGAGAUAUAUAUCGGAAUGUGACCACGAGCCAUGGGGCCAACACGACUGUACACAUGACGAGGACGUUGAUCGAGGUGCGCCCGAGGAGACGGCAGCAGUGCGGUUAACGGGCGGUUCGUCACCCAAGGCCGGCCGGCUGGAGGUGUACCACAGCCACCAGUGGGGAUCCGUCUGCGACGACGGUGUCACUUACAACCUCGCACGAGUCGUGUGCUCGCAGCUUGGAUAUCACACGUCACAUCCAACUCUAACGCCUUACCAUAGCAACGAAUAUACUACUGCUGAUAUGCCUAUAUGGCUGGACUCCGUGCUGUGUAGAGGCCUCGAGAGACACAUAUCGGAAUGUUACCACGAGCCAUGGGGCCAACACGACUGUACACAUGACGAGGACGUUGGUAUCAAUUGCAGUGAUCCUGAGGAAUCCGACAGCAGCUCAACCGGGUCAACUUCUACCGUAGGAAUUUUGCUGGGUGUCUUCAUACCCAUAGGAAUCAUUACCGCUGUGAUUAUUAUUUGCAAGUGUAGGAAGAAGCGCGGUGAGACCACGCAGGCCGGCCGUCACCAGCAGUCUCAGGAACAGUUCACACCCUAUCAGUUGCGGCAAAUGACCAAUGUGGCUUACGCCAGUUCUUCUAGGGAUGACGCUGUACGCGGAAACGUCCCACUGGGAGACACCCGUACAGCGGUAUCGUCCAAUCCGCCCGAGUAUCAUAGUAUUUCCUUUAAUCGAGGUAUUCCCUUAAAUUCGUUAUCGCAUAAUGGACAAACAAACAAUGGGUAUUUGUCUGAAUCCAGUCACGCACAGGAACAUAACGCCACAGAUUUGACAGAAACCCCCGAACUGCCGUCUUACGAAGACGCGAUGAGUAACCCAGAUGUGUUUAAAAUCCACAUGUGAAUUGCAUAUUCUUUUGUGUAUUAACAAAUUAUAAACAACAAUUAUGUUCUUUUCUUCAUUACUCGAGGAAAUAAAAAUAUAUCCAUCUAUCGUCAGGGAAGGUUUGUGCUUAUUCUGUCGUAUAUAGUUGUUUGUAAAUGAAACAUGUAUAUGCUACCUUUCAAAAGACAACGGCACUCAGUUGGUCCGGGUCAAAUGUCUGUGAUAACUUUAUGUUCUGUGUUAACAACUUUAUAUAAUGUAAAUGAUUAUCGCUCGUUUCUAUGUAGUAUUGUAAUAGCAGAACUCUCCCGUAAUGUAUUAUUGUAGGUAAUAUAUACAUCCUCUUCCGGAGAUUUUGAUAACUUGUAUAGUAUUGAUACAUCUGUUUGAAACUAAGUCACUGCUUGACAUUAUUAUAUCAAUGUAG